AUGUUCGGCCAGGUGAUAGUUGGAGCGCCUGGUAGCGGCAAGACGACGUUCAGCAGAGGCGUGAAGGACUUUCUCAACUCCAUCGAGAGACCGACGGUGAUCGUGAAUCUCGAUCCCGGCAACGAUGUUCUCCCUUACGAGGCAGCUGUCAACAUCAUGGACCUCAUCAGCCUCGACGAGGUUAUGGACGAGCUCCAGCUAGGACCCAACGGAGGGCUUAUCUACUGUGUGGAGUACAUGGAGAAGAACCUUGACUGGCUCAAGGAGCAGCUCGAGCAGCACUGCAAGGCAGACCAGUACGUCUUGUUCGACUGCCCGGGUCAAGUGGAGAUCUAUACCCACCACACUUCCAUGAGAAACAUUCUAGCAGCGUUCAACGACUGGGGAUGGCAGCUCUGUGUGGUUCAUCUCGUGGACGCCCACCACUGCUCGGACGCCUCCAAAUUCGUCGCUGCUUCGCUGAUGUCUCUUGCCUCCAUGACGAUGCUCGAGCUACCUCACGUCAACAUCCUGUCAAAGAUCGAUCUAGUCCAGCGACUCGGAAGACUCGACUUCAACCUCGAUUACUACACGUCUGGCUACGAGCUUGCGCGCCUCCCUGAACUUCUGGUGCCGGUCAGUUCUGAGCCGAGAGGUCUUAACGCGGUAGUGAGGCCACACGCUCUCUGCCGUCUCACCAGUUCUUGCAGGAGGUUUGAAACUGCCAUCGCCAAUGUCGUAGACGAUUUCUCUCUCGUCAACUUCAUCCCAACCUCCAUCAAUGACAAAGACACAAUCGCGUACGCGUGCCGCGUAAUCGACAAGGCGAAUGGCUACCUCUACUUAAUCUUCAUGCUUGCGACAUCGCGUGAAGCAGCCUUCACCUUGGCCUCAGAGAGCGAGUCAACAGAUCGGCAUCUGACACCUUAG